ACAUUUGAAUUCUGCUGGCAUACACGCGUUAGCUUUCCGUUUUACGACACUCGUAUCUGCCAAACAAAAUAAUAAUAAAGGAGGGAAAUAUUCAAAUAUAUUAUGGUAUUUGCUAGUUAUCUCCUUAUUUUUCGUUAAAUAUCAUGUAAGAAUGUUUUGUGUAUUGUUUUAUUGAGAAAAUGUGAAUGUUUUGUUUAUAACGGACAGGUAGUCAAGUGUCGUUAGAAGUUUAAUCGAAAAGAAAAUUAAAAUGGAUGAGUUGCGGUCGAAACAUAAGUCCCUGCACAAUGCCGCUCACCACAUCGCCUUGGAGUGUAUUAAUCCUCAGUCGCACUCGCCGUACCAUGUGCACCCGUACCCGAGCCCCGUGCGGCUGCAGCACGCCUUCCAGAGCCAGAAUAGCCCCAAGAUGUUCCACCCUAAAGGGCUCAAGCCUCAUAUCGACGGGCGCGCGUACAGCACACCAAACGACAGCCCGAUACUCGGGCGCGCCCUCUGCCUCACGCCCCGCGGCAGCCCCCUCCCGGGCCGAGUCUCGCAUCUCAGCGACAAGUUUCAAGACUCGCUCACUCUGGCGUCGGACACGGACGCUCUCGUCGCUAAGAUCAGCACCAUGUUCCCUACUGUCAGCGAGACGCAUAUCAAGAUACUGCUGAAGAAAUACUACAAUCGCGAAGCCGUCGUAAUAAGCGCUCUCCAAGUCGAGAAGCAUCCCAUAACGACCCCGGGACCUCUCACCAUGUCCCCCAUGGCGGCUCGCAUGCAAAAGGGGGCUAUGGGGGUCUAUUCGGCCCUACAACUGGCCAAGGGAGUGUCAGGCUCCAUACACUCUGCUCAUUUUACCCCGCUGACUGGGACACCUCAAGGGUCUCCGAGCCUGCUGCGGCCAGCGUCCGGAGCCUCCAGCCAUUACGGCGCCCGAUCAACCAGCAGUCAACCCACGCGGCACCAAUCACCGAAGAUGAAGCUUAAAUACCUGAAGAGCGUAUUCCCGAAGGCGGAAGAAACGCUGAUUCUGGACGUGCUCGCGAACAAGGACAACAACGUGCAGAAGGCUAGCGAGGAGCUGCUGACCAUGGGGUUCACUAAGAAGGCAAAAACGCUGAUUCUGGACGUGCUCGCGAACAAGGACAACAACGUGCAGAAGGCUAGCGAGGCGCUGCUGACCAUGGGGUUCACUAAGAAGGCAAAAACGCUGAUUCUGGACGUGCUCGCGAACAAGGACAACAACGUGCAGAAGGCUAGCGAGGAGCUGCUGACCAUGGGGUUCACUAAGAAGGCAAAAACGCUGAUUCUGGACGUGCUCGCGAACAAGGACAACAACGUGCAGAAGGCUAGCGAGGCGCUGCUGACCAUGGGGUUCACUAAGAAGGCAAAAACGCUGAUUCUGGACGUGCUCGCGAACAAGGACAACAACGUGCAGAAGGCUAGCGAGGAGCUGCUGACCAUGGGGUUCACUAAGAAGGCAAAAACGCUGAUUCUGGUCGUGCUCGCGAACAAGGACAACAACGUGCAGAAGGCUAGCGAGGAGCUGCUGACCAUGGGGUUCACUAAGAAGGCAAAAACGCUGAUUCUGGACGUGCUCGCGAACAAGGACAACAACGUGCAGAAGGCUAGCGAGGAGCUGCUGACCAUGGGGUUCACUAAGAAGGCAAAAGAAACGCUGAUUCUGGACGUGCUCGCGAACAAGGACAACAACGUGCAGAAGGCUAGCGAGGAGCUGCUGACCAUGGGGUUCACUAAGAAGGCAAAAACGCUGAUUCUGGACGUGCUCGCGAACAAGGACAACAACGUGCAGAAGGCUAGCGAGGAGCUGCUGACCAUGGGUUUCACUAAGAAGGCAACGUUUUCACAUUAUCCGAUCCGAUAUCGGAUGUCGGAAGAAACGCUGAUUCUGGACGUGCUCGCGAACAAGGACAACAACGUGCAGAAGGCUAGCGAGGAGCUGCUCACCAUGGGGUUCACUAAGAAGGAGAUUGUAAAGAAAAAAGAAGAAACGCCCCAGCCUGUAAAAAAAGUUGUCACCAUCGUGAAAACAGCAGAGGAGAAAAACGAAUUAAAGAAGAAACUCCAAAAGAAAUACAGCUCUGUGGCUGAGCGCGUCAUAUCCAUAGCGCUCGACAGCGUCGAUUACAAUGAGGAGCGCGCCGAGCAGAUACUCGCCGCUGUACUAACGGAGGAGCCCAAGAUCAAAACGGAGCCCACGACGCCGAAACGGUCUCGGACACCUGAAGUGAAACCUCCUGGCAUCAGCGUGGUUGGCGGCAUCUUCAUCGAGGACAGCUUCAGAUGUGUCGACGGCACUAUCGCAGUGGGCAGAGCUUGCGUGGUCGGUGGCACCAUUGCAGUUAAUGAGAACGUGGCGUCGGUUAGGCAGACGGCGCAACCCGCGGUGACGCAACUAUCUUCUGUUGGGGAAGUGAUCCAUCAUAAUAAGCAACAUACGCUUCACCUGUACAGGAAUGAGACAGCAAGCAUACACGACACGCUUGACGUAUUAGAUGACGUUGUGACUUCUUGGCCGAUCUUGAAGACGAGCGUCGCCGACACCAAAUAUAAGUCGCAGUACACGGUAGCGGGUGCCGGGCCCAACCCGGUGCUCAGGCGUGGCCCGAAGGACAAUCUUUUACUUGAGGACUACAUGGCCUGGAAGGGCCCUAACCCCGACCUCCGCAAGGGGCCCUGCGUGCGGCCCUCGGGCCCCGAGCCCCGCGAAAGGGGCUUCUCGUUAGCGCGGGGGCCCGCCGAGCUCGCCAGUGGCCCCGCCGGUCUAAACAAGGGCUCCAUAUAUCAGAAGAUGAAUAAGAAGACGGCAAAAAUGUGA